GCAACUUUCUGUCUGGUGACAUCGUGCAAGGUAUAACAGUUAGCUUGGUGCUUAAUUUAACGGGUUUAUCACAAAAAUGUUGACACGAUGCACUUACAUAAUGAUUCCAGCGUGCUCAACAUUUGAUCACAAAGAAAUCUGAAGUUAAUAGCAACCAUAACACUCGUUUUGCAUCAAUGGCGACUGAAUAUCCUUCUGUGCCAACAUAAAGUAGGCAAAGACACCCUAGUCAAAGCAAAUUUAUACAGUUUGAAGUCGACAAUAUGAGCACCAAUCGUCGGAUGAAUCUCCGUAAAAACAAGAGCAACAACAAAGAUGGAAAUCAGUCGAUAUCAAACUUUGUUCAGAGAAAAUCGAAAGAUGUGGAAAUAGUUGAAGACGACGAAGACGUUGUGCAGGUUACAGACGAGUAUACAUUAUCUGAUGAGACUGUAUUGAGGCCAUUGAGAAGAAAAAAGAAAAAGAUUGCUGUCGUUGAAGAGGAGGAAGAUGAAGAAAAUGAUACAGUUGAGUUUGGAGGCAUGGAAGAUAUGGAUGAAGAAGAGAAAAAGCAAAUGAAGGAAGCUUUGCGUCAAAGUCGUCUUGAAUUGGAAAACGAUAAGAAAAGAAGGGAGAUUUACCAGACAUUUGUAAAUUCUAAAUUUAACAUGGAAUCCGAUAUGACAACAACUUCAACAGCUGAUAUUCCUAGUUCACCUAUUAGCUCAAGUAUAGAACCACUGGGCACAGAAAGAGCAGAGUCGCCUGAUUUGUUUGGGCCAAUGCCACAAUCCAAUACAGAGCAAGACAAGAAGUUUGGUACUACCUCAAGUGAACCAAGUAGUUCAAAGAGCGACUUCAAGAGUUAUCAGUUUCAGAAGGAAAUCAAUAUUCAAUUAAGUCCAGUACAAAGACCAUCACUAAAGAGAAACCUUUCAGUCAAGACCGAUACAUGUAAGGAAAGGCCACCACACAACGAACAACCUGCAAAGAGUAAGACAUCCUCUAAUACUGCAACCAGUAAGGAAAAAGGUAGAAUAAGUAAAAGUGUGGACUACAAAAAAAGAAAGCAUUCAAUAGAGGAUGACAGUGAUGAUGAUGGCUAUGAUGGAGCAAAGGAAAGCAUCAAAGAACCACCAACAGUUGAUUCAAGGAAGCGACAAAAAACCAUUGAAGAUAAUUUUGCUGUGUUGCCACCAAAAAAGCCGAAUAACGAAGAAACAAAAAAGCAGGAAACAAACCUUUUUGUGAUAAAUGAUGAUGAAGAUGAAGAUAUUCAAGAUGAAAACAGAAACCCUUCAACUCGAAAGAACAGAAAGGCUUCCAGAGUUAAUCUCAAAAGAAAAUACAGAAAGCACAGGCAGCCCAUCAAGACUAUAAAAGAUGCAAUGAAGGCACGACUGUUUUUUUCCCCGCCAGGCAUUAACCAAAAACUAUACACUUUUGCUAUCAUGAGAAUGCUUGAUCACUCAAAAGAAUGCAUACGCAAAGCGCAGCAAAAGAGCUUGCUGUUUGCAAAAUGGGGUGAACCUAUAGUGGAGGGACCAAGAGAAGGUGACUCCUUGGAUGCCAAGAAGGACAAAAGGAAAUCAAAUAUUUGCAAAAAAGAAUCUUCUCAUGUCCCACCUGAGCUAAAAACAAGAAGAAGUUUUCGAAGUACACAGUCAAGAGUUCCUGAGCCAACAAAGAUUGAGCCAAAUUCUACUAAAACAGAGAAAAAUUCAACAGAAACACACUUGAAGACAAAGAACUUGGGUUUUGUUUCAAGUGAUGACAGUGAUGAAGAACUGGCCAAGUCAGUUUUUGGUCAUAAAGAAAAUAAACCAGCUAAGAGCUGGACAGAAUACAACUCCAGAACAGAUUCUUUUAAAUUUGGUGAAAAUGUGAAUACUUCUGCUACACGUGUCAUGAAAGAUGACCAAGAAAAAGAUAAAAACAUACUAGAUAAUAAGGAGAAGAAAGAUGUUGAAGCUUGUAUUGGUUUGAAACAAAAAUGUGAUAAUAAUAUUCCUAAUGACUUAGAAAGGAAAGUAGAUAAAGAAACUACUUCAAAACUUGACAAUGAAGAUGAAAAACAAUCGUUUCAAAGUUCCAAUAGUUCCACUCCUGACAACAUAUACUUCACUGAUAAUAUAACAACCACUACUGAAACAUCAAAAGAAGGCAUAAAAAUAAACAAAGAAAAUAUUGCAAAACAAUCAAAUACACAAUAUAAAGAAGAAAACAAUGAUUCGUCUACUAAUAAAGUUUCCUCAAGUACGUGCGAUGAAAAGACUCCAAACAAAUCUAUAAACGAACAAAAUGAUUCAGAUACUGAUGACUCAGAUAGCAGUGCAGAGAUUGGAAAGUUAAAGGUCAAAAGAUCCUCACGUAAAUCUGCUGUUAUUGAAGACAUCGAAGAAGAUGGAAGGACUAGUGGAAGAACCACAAGAAUUGAUGUUGAAAUGAUUGAUGUGGAUGAUGUUAUAACUCCGACAGGAACAAGUAGUUCAAAACCAGGAGAGUCUUUAACCGGCUCAGCUUCAAAGUCUGGCUUCUUGAAGGCAAGCAGAACUGAAAUACAGCCACCUGUUAUACAGAGACAAGUUCCACCAGCAGCGAAGAAGGCAGCUGAGGCUGCAGAAAAGAGAAUGAAACAGCAAAACGAAGAAAUACCAUCUGGUAGUGGCACCAACAUAUCCAAGAAAGAUUCCUUUAUGGAGAAAAACCUGGUUCAGUGCCCCAUGUGUUAUUCAGACUUCCCUUUCGUAGACAUAGAAGCACAUGCUUCAAUGUGUAAUGGCAUUCCCCCAGAAUCUAAUCAAACUGAUGAGCAAUUCAGGAGGGGGGUGGCUGAGGAACAAGGGCAUGACAGCCCAAGUCCAGAAAAGUCUCAACAAUAUGGCUUGAAAGAUCUCAGAGUAGUGGUAACAAGAUCUCCAGAAGCUCAGCGUAGACUAAACGAAGGAAGCUGUUCCAGUAUCAAAGCAAAGAAAAAUCUUUCUUUGACAAAGAAAGGGAGAAUGGAUACAAAUAAAGUAGUUACUGACGUUGUUGACAUGACAUCAGAUGAUGAUGAUGAUGAUACACCAAGAGCAACGAACAGUAAUGAUGGACACCUCAAUGAAGAUGAGUCAAAGAGUGCUUCAAGGUCAAACUUUGAUGGGUGGCCAAUGGAAAGCCAGGAAACAAGAAAAAAAGCAAAGUUCAAGGUCACAUAUGGUGGAAAGAAAAAAAAUGGAGCACCCAAGAAUCCAUUUUCAACUCUGGAUUAUAUUCCUCUCCAAGAACAACCAGCAUCAAGUGACAAUGAGUCUGAUAGCACCACAAGAAAACACAAGGAGCGUCAAACCACCCCUUCGGCAAAUGUGGCACAGACCACACCCAAUGACUGUGUAGACAUUGACUCAGACUCUGAUUCGGAAAAGGAGAUUUAUUCCAUGUACGGAGCUAAAAAACCUCCAGCAAUGAGGAACAUCAAUGAUGUCCUACGUCCCCAAAAGCAAGACUUGAAUUUUAAAAAGACCAAAAAGAAAAGAAAAGAUCAAUUUGAUCAUGAGGAGGAUGAAAAUGAAAGAGCCCUGAUGGAGCUUGCUGGGAUGUCAUCAAGUAACUCCUCAGAUCACAAACGCUCCCAGAAAGAUAACAAGCCUAAAGCCACUAAGCGGCGACGUAAAAGAGCUACGAUAAGCUCCGAUGAUAGUGAAGAGAAUGGUGGAUGUAUAUUAUGUUAUGUUUGUAAUCAACACGUGCCCAAAGAGAUCUACCCAGACCACACUGAAACGUGCAUUAGAAGAAAAGAGGGGUCAGCAGCUACACCCACUAUGUCAUGUGGUGAUGAAAACCAUGCAGCAAACACUUCUAGAAGAACUUCAAAUAGACAAACAGCAAAGCCAAGUACAUCAAACACGGUUGAAAUGGAUUCAGAUGAAAUUGGUAACUCUCCUAUAAAGACAUUUAAGCUGAUUGGUGAAGGAGAAAGCAGCGCAGUGGACUUUGCCAACCAAUUUUCUUUCUUAGGCAAUAAAACUCGUUCAUCGUCAAAACGAGGCGCUAAGGGUGGAAGAGGUCAAGGCAGAGGUCGAUAUAAAAAGAAAUACUGGCGCAAAAAGAAAAAUAAUCGACAGGAAAACUAAUUGUGGUAGAUUGAAGAACUAAGAAGUGUAGUGUUAAAGUUUAUUCAAAUAAAAAAAAUGUUUCAGUGUCAAGCA